GCGCCUGUUGAUUUGCUCCUCGGCUGAGCCAAUGACCGGCGAAGCGGGUUGUGUUCCGGGAGCUCAGUGGGCACCGAUGGGCGGGGAGGCGGGAAGAGCGCCGGGAAGGGCGGACCUGCACGGCCGGGCCCGUGCGUGUUUCCGGCUCCGCUGCGGAAGGCUAACGAGGGGGACCGUUGGGCCCGAGCGAACCGUGCCGAGCAAGCGCCGGCAUCGCAGAGCGCGAGUGCGGAGCUCGGAGCGCGGCACGAUGGGAGGGGAGCAGGAGGAGGAGCGCUUCGACGGCAUGCUGCUGGCCAUGGCGCAGCAGCACGAGGGCGGCGUGCAGGAGCUUGUGAACACCUUCUUCAGCUUCCUUCGACGCAAAACAGACUUUUUUAUUGGAGGAGAAGAGGGGAUGGCAGAGAAGCUUAUCACACAGACUUUUAACCACCACAACCAGCUGGCACAGAAGGCCCGGAGAGAGAAGCGAGCUCGGCAGGAGACUGAGCGUAGGGAGAAGGCAGAGCGGGCGGCCAGGCUGGCCAAGGAGGCCAAGGCAGAGAGCCCUGGGCCACAGAUCAAGGAGCUGACUGAUGAGGAGGCAGAGAGACUGCAGCUGGAGAUUGACCAGAAAAAGGAUGCAGAGGAUCAUGAGGUCCAGCUCAAGAACGGCAGUCUCGACUCACCAGGGAAGCAGGAUGCUGAAGAGGAGGAAGAGGAGGAAGAUGAGAAGGACAAAGGAAAGCUGAAACCCAACUUGGGCAAUGGGGCUGACUUGCCCAAUUACCGCUGGACCCAGACCCUCUCAGAACUGGAUCUGGCAGUGCCCUUCCGAGUCAGCUUCCGGCUGAAAGGAAAGGAUGUGGUGGUGGACAUCCAGCGGCGGCAUCUCCGGGUGGGUCUCAAGGGACAGCCACCGGUGAUUGAUGGAGAAUUGUACAAUGAAGUAAAGGUGGAGGAGAGCUCAUGGCUCAUUGAGGAUGGCAAGGUGGUGACAGUGCAUCUGGAGAAGAUCAAUAAGAUGGAAUGGUGGAACCGCUUGGUUACCAGUGACCCUGAAAUCAAUACCAAGAAGAUUAACCCUGAGAACUCCAAGCUGUCAGACCUGGACAGUGAGACUCGCAGCAUGGUGGAAAAGAUGAUGUAUGACCAGAGGCAGAAGUCCAUGGGCUUGCCCACGUCUGACGAGCAGAAGAAACAGGAGAUCCUGAAGAAGUUCAUGGACCAGCACCCAGAGAUGGAUUUCUCCAAGGCCAAAUUCAACUAGCUCCUGUGUUUGCCUUCCUGAACUCUUGCAAUUGAGUCCCUCAACUUCCUUUCCUGGGACCUGGGAACCUUAGGGCUGGGACAGGCAUGGGACUUCCCAGGCGUGUGAGCUCCAAGGAUUCACUGGAGAAGGGCUGAGUUUUGGGGGUCUUGUCCUUGCCAUUUGUCCUGUUACACAUUAAAACUAUUUACCCUCUUCCACCUA